ACACCACUCACACUUCAGAAAGGUACCAGAAUCAUAUCAUAUUCUUGACACGCGACAACGAACUAGAACCCUCUCGCGGCAACUAGACUCCUCCUAACUUGGGAAAUUCCCGCUGCAACGUCGGCAACACCAGCCGCCAUGGCACUGGGAUUCUCUCUCUCGCUUAGUCAGCAUCGCCGCCGUACUAUCCUGACUACUAAGGAUGGUCAGGAUCGGAGCACCUGCCUUCUCCUCAUCUCCCUCGUCCUGCUCUCGUCCCUCCACGCCGCCUUCGCAUUUCGCUUCCCCGCGGGACUCCGCGUGGAAAAGCUGCGCGGAAUGAUGGGCGGAAAUGCGCGAGGCGGACGAUCGAACGGCCAGCAGCAGGGCAGCGGAAUGGGCGGAAGCGCGAUGGGUGGCGGGGGAAUGGGUGGCGGCGGAAUGGGAGGCAGCGGAAUGGGAGGCGGCACGGAUGGUGGUAUGGGCGGAGGUACGGGUGGUGGUAUGGGCGGAGGCAUGGAUGGUGGUAUGGGUGGAGGCACGGAUGGUGGUAUGGGCGGAGGCAUGGAUGGUGGUAUGGGUGGAGGCACGGAUGGUGGUAUGGGCGGAGGCAUGGAUGGUGGUAUGGGUGGAGGCACGGAUGGUGGUAUGGGCGGAGGCAUGGGGCGUUGAAGGGACGAGGAGAAUACACAUGGCCACAGUAGCGUCCUCAUGUGCGUCAGAUUGUGGCGUGUAUCUAUUUCUGUCAGACCUGGUAGGAGCUUGGCCGCAGCAGCACCUCCAGCCGAGUGCUUGCUGAGUGCUGCUUCGUCCAACCUCCUCACCCAAUGUAGUCCUUUGGUGCCCUGCAGAGCAUAUAGGCAGAGUAUUUGUGCUUGAAUUCUU